AUGGCUGUUGCAGUCGGCGUCAAAGCAGCUCCAGCGCCGGGGUUAGCACGGGCUUUGAUUCUGGGAUUGAGGGGCAGUCGAGCAGCAAGAUGGAGGGUGUGGGGAACUGCAGCUCCCGGCAGCCUCUGGGCUUCGUGUGAGUACCCUGCGGGCUGCCGGGAGCUGUGGUUCCUCGGACGGGCAGCCGGGAUUGUGCGAUCUGAGCGCUCGUUCCACCCCUCGCAGGAUUCGGACGGAGAGCGCGAGGACUCGGCGGCUGCGCGCGCCCGGCAGCAGCUAGAGGCGCUGCUCAACAAAACUAUGCGCAUUCGCAUGACAGAUGGACGGACACUGGUUGGCUGCUUCCUCUGCACUGACCGCGACUGCAAUGUCAUCCUGGGCUCGGCGCAGGAGUUCCUCAAGCCGUCGGAUUCCUUCUCUGCCGGGGAGCCCCGUGUGCUGGGCCUGGCCAUGGUACCCGGACACCACAUUGUUUCCAUUGAGGUGCAGAGGGAGAGCCUGACCGGGCCUCCGUAUCUCUGACCACGAUCGGAUACACCUUUCAGAUUUCAUUAAACUUAUGACCGAA